AUGGAGCGCGUAAUCUCUAGGAUGUCUGCCGGCGGAUCGCAACCGGCAAAAAAGAAGCGAAAGACCAUAGUAGUUGAUCUGGAAGAAGAAAGCGACGAUACCCCAUACACAAUUCAUUUGAAAAGAAACGUUUCCUCCUCUCAGCGUAGCUAUGAAGAGCUCAACCCGAAAGACAAUCCUGACGCCUUUUAUAGCCAAACGCAGCAUCCCAAGUUUCAUACACGCGUAUUGGAGAGAGCCGUACAAAAGCAAAGAGCUUGGUCCAAAACGCGUUACCUGAAGGUCCAUGAUCUUUUUUUCGUCGCUUCAGCGCCGAAGAAGCUAGAGGAUCUAGCGAUCAAUCCCAAGCAGCUGAACAAGCUGAAAACAUUAUUGUCGCAAGAGGAGGGCUAUGGUCGGACGCUACUGGUUACUGGUCCUGCUGGCUGUGGAAAAUCUACUUCCGUUGACGUUGUUGCAAAAUCAUUGAAAGUGGAAGUUCUCAAAUGGGAACGUUCUGGUAAUUUAGAGGUUGUUAGCUACGGAGGAGAUAGCUAUCUUAAAGAGGAAAGCGAGCUGAACUCCUUGUUAACGUUUUUACGUUCAAGCACUAUUCCAACUAAAAACAAAGGUCGCAAAUCAGAGAAGCCCAGAAGAAGGUUGUAUCACAUUGACGACCUGCCCACACUGGCAUACCAGGAUGUGGCUGAAUUCAGACGGCUCAUUUAUCCAUUUCUACAGAAUACCAGACAUAUUGUUGUAUUUGAUUUGACUACGCGAGAUUCUUCUUGGCAUAUGUCUCCAAAACGGGUAUUUUCUACACAGUUUAUAAAUAGUCUUAACAUUUGCGAGCUGAGCUUUUAUCCUAUUGCGAAUACUUUCAUGCGGAAAGGAUUGAGAAGGGCAGUAGACGUUUUAGGAUUCCAUUCUAGACUGUCUAUCCAGGAUUAUCGCGCAAUCGAAAAAAUCGCUAAUGGUGAUAUUCGUUCUGCCAUCAAUGUUAUCCAGUUUUCGCUCUUAUCCAGUCGUGAGAAAUUUUCCGUACCCGAUUUUUUUGAAGCUUCAUCUAAUGAUGAGUUAUUCCACAUGCUUGGUUCAUUACUGUAUGCAAAACGACAAAGCGAAACAGAUUAUCCCGACGUAGAGUUAAAUGUACGAGAAGAUUUACGUCGACCUUCUCCUACCAGAGAAAUAAACGAUGUCCUUUCAAUGUCAAGAGCCUCUGCAGAAACUGUUAUGAUGUUUUUGCAUGAGCAUGAGCCGAAUUUUUCGGGUUCAAUAGCCUCCACGCGGAAGGUUCUCGAUGCCAUGUCAGUGAGUGACGCUAUGUCAGAAAUGUGGGAAUCACGUCACAUCAGUCAAGAGUACUCCUCCCAGGUAUUGGCUUUACAAUAUAUGUGCACGUGCCACAGCGCCUUCUACAACUUUCAAGGGCGAAUAGUUCUGUUUAAGGGAAUAGCUCGCGGUUUUUAUGCGUAUAACCGUCCAAAAUGGUGUCCUCUAGCUGAUAGGACAACACAAUUGAAACGUGAAAUAAACGAAGAAUUUCGCUUUUCUUUCGGAUCGUCUGAGCAACAUUGCGCCGACAUUUGCGUUCCCUAUCUCUCCAUGAUCAAGCCGCCAACGUUGACGAGUGACCAAUAUCGUCUAAUGAGCUACCUCACGAGGCCAUGGAAUUUUUCUUGGAGUACAGAACGAGAGUUAUGGAACCAUCGGAUGGCUGCCGAUCCGGCAUACCAAACGGCUCUGUCCAGGGACAACUCUUUCAAAAAUUCGUUAUCAAGUCCUUUCCUCGAGGAAGAUGAUUCGGAUGAAGAGGUUUUCGUGAUAGAAGAUUCUGAAGAAGAAGUUCAAAGUGAUGAUAGUUUCGAUGAACCUGUCACAUUCCAUUAG